GAAUAUUUGGAUUUCUUGUUGCCUCUUCUUCACUAAGUUUUAACCAACCACAAGCUUCUGAAAGAAAUUUGCUCACCAUAAUCGAUUUUCUGUUUCCCUUCUUUCACAAUAGCAUUUUACCAUCAG